CAGGGGCGUGCAGACAUCUAUAAAACGGACGGACUCCUCUCGGUUGGCAACCAGUGUCGCACAACAGAUCCUGGGAACACGUACCGGCUGCCAUGAGUCCUCUGAGUGCUUUCCUGGUGUUGGCGGUGGCGUCCACGGGCAGCGCGCUGGCGCUGCAAGGCUACCAGCAGCCAGUUGCAGGUGCGCGCGGCUUCGCCGACCCCAGGGCGGCCGCUGGUCUGGGCUACGGCGGACCCAGCGCUGUGGUUGGAGGCGGUCCCGAGCCGAGCGCUCUGUACCGCUCCCAGAUCUACACGGACCCCGAGUACUACGGCUACGAGAGCACCUUCCCCGGCGGCCGCAGCAACUUCAAGGCCUACAGAUCCGUGCCGGAGGGACCAGGCCUGUCCGGAGGAGCCACGGGCGCCUACGGUGACUACGACAGCGUGGUAGUAGCCGGCAGGGGUGCCAACCGUCCAGGCCUGUCGCCACAAGCCGGUGUCGGUCUCCGUGGCCGCUACUAGCAGAUGCAUCUAUGUGUUCCGUGCUGUCUACACUAAUCCUUCUGUAAUGCAAACCUUCUGUGCUGUAAAUCUUCUGUAGCUUUUUUCCUACAUUAAAUCGCUUUGGACUAAUGAAA